CUUAAAAACCCCUCAAAUACAUAGCUUGGGCUACCUGUGGAGAAACGUCAUUGGUUAGGUAAACAUUCCAUCUCAGCUGAUAACCAAAACACGUGAGUUUGCCAGCUUGCUGGCCGGUCUUACUCUUCUCAGCUUUAUGAAAAUGAAUCACACUUUAUUCAACUUUGGUUUUAAGAAGAAGGUAACAAUAAAAAGUGGUAGACAACUGUUCAGUUGAACGAAAAGACAUUAAAAUGCGAAUAUUGCGAUAAUUCGUUAUCUGGCAAGAAAUACCUCGACACUCAUGUGCGAUUCAAGCAUCCAUCUGAUUGCCCAAAGCUCAGCCAAGGCAGUUACGGAGCUACGGUUUUAUUAAAAGAUAUAGACGAGAGUGACAGCCAAACUGCUCAACAACAAGUUUGUGAAAGGACGCAAGAAACACGCAAUUUGACAGAGUUAGAGGGAAUGGAUUCUAUGAACAACAACUCAACCAGACGAGGGGCAAAUCGGAGGAAAUCUUACACCAUUGAUUUCAAACUGAAAACUCUCGAUCUUCUAGGUACCCUGAAAGAGCCCAAGUCCAAAAAGCUCUGGGUAAAGGUCGCGGAAAGAAGAGGAAUAAGCAAGUCACUAGUUGUCAAAUGGAACAAGGACCGACGAAAGAUUCAAGAACAGCUAGCUCUCAACAAGAUAAAGAAGAACAAAGGCACCGCAAAACCUACAAGACAAAGGCGACAACUUGUGUCUGGUAAAGUCCAAGGCGAGAAGUUUCCUUUAGCAGCUCAACGUGUUGUUGUUGAGUUCAAGCUACGAAGAGCAAAAGGGUGUAAGAUCUCUAAGCUGUGGCUAAAAAAGAAAAUGAAGGAGAAGAUUGCAGUGUGUUAUGGAAAAGAGCAAGCCGAGAAAUUUAAAGCGAGCAACAACUGGUUUCAGAGGUUCAAAAUGCGCCAUGGCAUUGCAUUCCGAAAGAGAUCAAACAAAAAAAGUGCUCAGCAAAUGAUGGGAGGGAGGCUAUCCAACGUUUCCAUAGAAACUUGAUGAAGGCCCUGAAAACAAGAAGACGACGAAAUGAUGCUGCAUUACAUAGCAAAUAUGGACGCUGGUUACCACACAACAGGUAUAAUAUUGAUCAAGCGUCCCUCCCAUUUGUUAUCGAUCAGGACAAAACAUGUGAAGUUAAAGGGAGUGAGCAGGUUUGGGUUUCUCAGCCUUGUAGUGGCCUGGACAAGAGGCAAGCUACAUUGCAGCUAUGUAUUCGUGCUGAAGGGGAACAGAAUGUCAAACCUGCCAUUGUUUUCAGGGGUAAAGGAAAUGUACAUGCUGAUGAGAGAGCUGAGUACGAUGAAAGUGUUGAUGUCUAUUUUCAAAGCUUUGCAUGGAUGGACAGUGACAUAAACAUGCAGUGGGUAGAAAAAACACUUGUUCCAGGUGUUGGAAAGUCUGGAGAAGAGAAAGUGAUUUUUGUAGACAAUGUAACAUUCCAGCAGGAAAAGCAAUUUCAUGAUGCAUGCAGACGUGAGCUGAAUGCAAUUGUUUAUCUACUGCCCGAGAAUCAUACUGAUAAGAUUCAACCCAUUGAUGCUGGUUUUGGUAAAAUGUUCAAGACAAAAAUGGGAGAAGAGAUGGAUAAGUGGUUUGAGUCAGAGGACAAUUUGGAA